AUGCGGUCACCAGAGAUGUCCCAUAGUCCCGCCUAUUAUCAGGAACAGGGUCCCUUCGGAACAGCAAAUCCUCGCUCGAUCCCUACCCCUCCGCCGGCCGCUCGUCGAUCUCAAGAACAAUCCUCCAUACUAGGCCACCCCGUCGGAUCUCGACCUUCCUCUCUCUCAAGUGACGCUAGUCCCCGCGCCUCCGCCUCACGGGGCUAUCGUGUCUACCACCAGACGCAAGGAGGAUCUUCCUGGCCCACGGCUGAGUCUCGGGAUACCGACUCUUUCCCAGCCGGUUCAACUCUGAGCGGCGCACACAAGGAAGAGCGGGUCCGCAGUAGCAUCACGGAUCGACCAUCAUUAAUGUCGGGGGAACAUUCCAACCCCAGCAUCACCCGGGUGAGAAAGCGAGGCAUUCCGAGUGACGAAAUCGUAACACAUGAGGGCCAUGAUGCUCUAUUGAUGCUGUUUCGCCUCACAAUUGUUCCAGUGUACUCCUUUGGCGCUUGCUUUUACGCAAUCUUCGCCUUCUUCUUCGCCCUCCUCGUCUCACCCCUCCGCCUCUGUUCAUUCUCUCAAUACCUCCGCUCUACAACCUUUGUCUCUCAGCUAUGCGACCUCCUCUCUCCAUCACUCCACAUUCACGAGCGACUGGUUUGCAUCCGUCCUCCAUCGGUCGAGGACCGAUCAUCCUCAACCCAAUGGAUUCGCUCUGAUCCCGAAUCCGACCAACCAUCAGUUCUCUCUGAACCGAGCGAAGUCUAUAGCAUCGCAAAAUCGAUGGCUGUGUUGGUGUUAUCACCAAUCUUCAGCAUUGCAAUCCUUCUCCUGGCAUGGAUCGCUGCGUUUUUCUGGGUGUUUUCCAUGAUGUUGGGUAACCCAGAUGGCACCGAACGCAAGGAUGAUGGCCGAACUGCCGUGCUUGGUGUCUGCAAAUGGUGGCGAACUUGGCUUUGCAAAGCCCGCAAGUCAUAA